AUGGGCCAAGAUCAUAUGAUCAGAAAAUGGGCCAGUGACCUUGGACUUGGCCCCAAUCUCGUCAACCCACCAUUUGAUCGGUCCCUCUCCCUCGUUGAGCUACCAGUGUGCUCGUUCCUCAGUCCCAACAUGAACAGGGUGAUUGCAAGAAGGGUUGUGCCUAAUAUCUGUGGGUUGAAAUAUGCACGGAAGACUUUCUGUGAUGAAGCUGCAAACUUACCUGGCUCAAACUGUGGCCUAACUAACAAUGAACCUGUUGACAAGCUUGAUUCGACAAACAAUGUACCCCAAUAUGACAUUGCUAUUGUUGGAGGUGGGAUGGUUGGCAUGGCUCUCGCUUGUUCUCUAGCAAGCAUGCCCCUAACGAAGCAGUUAAGUCUUGCAAUCAUUGACAGCAAUCCUGCUUUAAUGAGUGGGCGUUCAAUCAACAAAGAAGAUCCUCCUGAUCCAAGGGUCAGUACAAUCACUCCUGCAACCCUCUCUCUUUUCAAAGAUGUUGGCGCUUGGCAAUAUGUUGAACAGCAUCGACAUGCUUAUUUUGAUAGGAUGCAGGUUUGGGAUUACACUGGCCUUGGAUACACAAGAUACAAUGCGAGGGAUGUGAACAAAGAAGCACUAGGGUGUGUGGUGGAGAAUAAGGUGCUUCACAAAUCUCUGUUGUCAUGUGUGCAGGUACUUAAGCCAUUGGGAACCUUUUAUAUCUCUCACGCAGAUUUCCAGAAGACUAUUUAUCCUUCCAGAUUAACUUCAAUGACUCUGCAUCAAAGCUCAUCAUCAGCGGGAUUAGAUUGCACAUCAUCGGGAACAUUGAAUGCUCAUGGAAGUAUAGCAAAGCUGGAACUAAGCAAUGGCAAUAGCUUGUAUGCUAAGUUGGUGGUUGGAGCUGAUGGAUCUAAGUCACGUGUUCGGGAGUUGGCAAGUAUCAAGACGACUGGUUGGAAGUACUCUCAGGAUGCAAUCAUCUGCACAGUAGAACAUAUGGAGGAAAACAGAUGUGCAUGGCAACGAUUUCUACCUGCUGGUCCGAUUGCACUUUUGCCAGUGGGUGACAAGUUCAGCAACAUAGUUUGGACUAUGAAGCCCAAGGAGUCAUCAGAAUUUAAAUCAAUGAAUGAAUAUGAUUUUGUGAAAACAAUAAACCAUGCUUUGGAUUAUGGAUACGGACCUAAUCCUCAGUCACAAUUAUCUGGUGGUGGAAGUAUAUUUUCUUGGCUCGGAGGAGAUGUGGCCUCUUCGGCGAAUGAAUGGUUUGAGGUUCCACCAAAAGUAGUCAAAUUGGCAUCAGAUAGNACAUGA